UGACCUAGAUGAAAAUCACACAUGUUGACAAAGCGAUGUUCUGUAUAAAAGGAGAGACUUGAUACCCCCCAAGAACACAAGUUAAUUGUGUUGCUGCCAUCAUGCAUUGUCUGUGCAAAUUUCUGCUUUUUCAUCUUCUGGCAUGUCUUGGAGGAAACGCGCUUGGAAAUGAAAUAAUAAAUGGGGAAAAAGCCCCAGAGAACUCAAUGUUGUAUAUGGUCUCGGUGCAGAACAACAAUGGUCAUGUAUGUGGAGGAUUCCUUGUUAGUGAAGACUUUGUGCUCACUGCUGCACACUGUGAUGACCCGAAACCUACAAGUGUUGUUCUCGGCACUCACAAUCUCAAGGAAGCUGAUAAUGAAAAAAGAAGAUCCAUUGAGGAGAAAUACACACACCCAAAGUAUGAGUCUGUAGGACAAGGAAACGACAUCAUGCUGCUCAAAUUGUCUGGAAAAGUUCAGUGGAACAACAGAGUACAACCGAUUCAACUUCCCCGUUCUGAAAUACACCCGGUGGAGGACAAUGAAAAGUGCAGUGUUGCUGGAUGGGGUUCCACUAGAACAGGUCAUGGAAGUGUUGAUGAGCUGAGAGUGGUGGAUGUGUCUGUCAUUAACCAACAAGUCUGUAGGGAGAAAUGGCCUGGUCUUCCACUCAAUGUCAUCUGUGCAGGUGGAUAUAACACAACCAAAGGAUUCUGCCAGGGUGAUUCUGGUGGCCCUCUGGUGUGUAAGGAGAAACCUGUUGGUAUAGUGUCUUUCAACAAGAACUUGAACUGCCACUACCCAGAUGUACCCAACGUCUACACAGAUGUAUCAAAAUACCUUCCCUGGAUCAAGAAAAUCCUCAAAAACAAAAAAUGACAUGAGUACAAAUCUUUUUCCAAGCCUUGCCUCAGCAUGCAAGAAAAGUGUUCUGGUGUCUGAGAGUGCUCUGUCAGUGUGACCGAAAGUGAAAAUAAAAAUAUAUUUCAAA